AUGCCUCCCUACGAGAAAUCAAUGGAAAUGAUGAUGCCUUUCAAACAGAGGAAGUGCUACGCAACAAGGAAAGAUGAGGUCUGUAGCAUUCGGUCCAAGUUCCCAAACAAACUGCCGGUAAUUGUUGAACGAUACAUUCGCGAGAAGCAACUUCCCCUGUUGGACAAGACAAAAUUCUUAGUUCCAUUUGAGCUUACAAUGGGUCAGUUCUUAAGUCUACUUAGGAGCAAGAUAAAUCUAGAGGCCACACAAGCUUUGUAUCUCCUCAUAUCUGAGAGGAGUAUGUCCUGUAUGUCAGCAAGCAUGGGAGAGGUCUACUCUCAAUACAAAGACCCUGACGGCUUCCUCUACAUGACCUAUGCCUCCCAAGACAUGUUUGGAGGGAAUGCCACCUCAGUCCCUCCCUGCUGA